CUCUCUCUCUCUAAAUAUAUAUAUUUAUAUAAUCUAUUUAGUCUCUUUGAGUUAUCUAGUUCGAAGUGUUCAUUCAUCUCUUGGCAGCCAUGGCUGAGAAGGUUGCACCUUCGGUUGACAACAGGCUUCCGAGUUACCUUCUGAAGCUACUGAAGCCUAACUACAUGAAGCUCCUCUACCACCAUGUCAUCUCGAACGCUCUUUAUCUCUGCCUCGGCCCGCUGCUGGUGCUACUCUUCCCUCGCCUAUCAACGCUGACCCUCGCCGACCUGCGUGAGCUUCCGAACCAGCCAUGGGUUAACCUGUCGGCGGUGGUCACCACAUCGACCCUCCUCAUGGCGGUGGCCACCUUGUAUGCCAUGAGCCGCCCCCGCCCGGUCUAUUUGGUGGACUUCUCCUGCUACAAGCCGACCCAGGCUCACAUGGCCACCCGCGGUGAGAUCAUGGAGCAUUUCAAGAAAGCCGGGACGUUCACCGACGAGACCGUGGCCUUCCAGCACAAGAUGCUGGAGCGGUGCGGCAUCGGGGACUCGUCCUACUUCCCCAGGUCGCUGCUGUGCACCCCCAUCAACAUGAGCCACCGAACCGCCCGUGAGGAGGCGGAGACCGUCAUGUUCGGGGCAACCGACGAGCUGUUCCAGAAGACAGGGGUGGCGGCAGCCGACAUCAGCAUCCUGGUGGUGAACUGCAGCCUCUACAACCCCACCCCCUCUUACACCUCCAUGAUCGUGAACCGGUACAAGCUAAGGAAGGAUGUCAUGAGCUACAACCUCGGCGGUAUGGGCUGCAGCGCCGGCCUCAUUUCCAUAGACCUAGUCAAGAAUCUCCUUCAGGUGCACCCGAACAGCUACGCGAUGGUGGUGAGCACCGAGAACAUGACGCUGAACGCCUACUUGGGAAACAACCGGUCGAUGCUGGUGAGCAACAGCCUGUUCCGCCUCGGCGGCGCAGCCGUCCUGCUAUCGAACCGGCGGUCCGACAGGCGGCGGUCCAAGUACCAGCUGGUUCACACCAUGCGCACCCACCGAGGCGCCGAGGACUGCAGCCACUCGUGCGUGAUGCAGGAGGAGGACGCGGAGGGGAAGGUGGGGGUGGCGCUGUCGAAGGAGCUGAUGGUGGUGGCGGGUAACGCGCUCAAGGCCAACAUCUCCACGCUGGGCCCGCUGGUCCUCCCCAUGUCGGAGCAGCUCCUCUUCCUCGCCGCCAUGCUCCUGCGCAAGGUGCUCAAGCUCAAGAUCCGGAGCUACAUCCCCGACUUCAAGCUGGCCUUCGAGCACUUCUGCAUCCACGCCGGCGGCCGCGCCGUUCUGGACGAGCUCGAGAAGCACCUCGAGCUCACGCCCUGGCACAUGGAGCCGUCCCGCAUGACGCUCCACCGCUUCGGCAACACCUCCAGCAGCUCCCUCUGGUACGAGCUCUCCUACAUCGAGGCCAAAGGCCGCAUCCGGCGAGGCGACCGGGUGUGGCAGAUCGCCUUCGGCUCGGGGUUCAAGUGCAACAGCGCCGUCUGGCGAGCUCUCAACACCGUCCUUGACGUCCACAAGAACCCAUGGACGGACGAGAUCCACAAGUUCCCGGUACACGUGCCCAAGGUCACGCCUAUCCUAUCCUAGAUGGUCAGCUGCUCAGACGAAGAGACAGGGAAGAAGAAGAAGAAGAAGCAUGUUUGCCAUGUUGUUGCGGACGCAACACCUUAAUCUACAUCUGCAUGCAACAACUGCUACACACAUUUACUUAAUUAUGCUUAGUAGAUGGGUGAAAGUUGCAUUAGCAUUAAUCAUCAAAAUCAAUUAUUAUUAUUAUUAUGAUUAAUCUGAGUAAUUAUUAUUCUGAA